CCUAGGCUGGAGCUGCCAAAAAACUGCAGGCACAACGUAACCAGAACGAGACAGUCAGUGAGCAGGAAGAGAAGGGACACCGGCAUGUACACUACUUUUCACUAGGGCGUGCAUCUUGGAAAUGGUUUACUGUAGUCUCCUUCACUCCCCAGCGCUGUAGUCAACAAGUCACUGUGUCCAGAGUGGCAAUGUGUCGCACCGACCCUAGCACCCAGAAGUGAAGUUCAGGGGUGACUUGGCGCCAUGAUAAUGGAGGGUACGGGGAAAUGAGGUGCCAGCAGAGAUGUGGGGAAGAUGGCCGAAGAAGCAGGAAAAGUGGAGCAGGAGGCUGAUCAACCGAAACAUGUAGAAAAUGAGACAAGUGAUGGUCCUCAUCAGACAUUGGCGUCAGCACUGAAUGUUCCAGAAGUUCAGCCUCUGGAUAGAGGUUCACAGAGCUCAGACGAGGGAUGUCCCCUAGGUACCGGACAUGAUCCCAUAGACGAUCCCCACCAAUGUCUAUUAAAGGAAGGCGCUGAUGACACCAACGCACGAUGCAAUAGCUCGGAUGGGUCUCAGGAAGACGACACCCACGACGCUGCUGAUGAGACUCAACAGGUUUUGCAUCUUCUGGAGCAAAGUAGUUUGGAAACCAAAGGCUUAAUGGAAGAACCUGAAACCUCAAAUGUGGGUGACCAAGAGGUGACUACUGCGGAGGAUGUGGGGAGAUUAGAUAUAAGUGAAUGUCUACAGCAAGACUGUGUGUCCGCUCCAGGAGACAGAGAUGGUGAGACUGGUGGCCUAAUGUAUGAUGGCAGCCGCACCCCACAGUCUGUGCAUGAUAAUGAAGAGACCUCACACAAGGUAUCAGAAGAUGACGACACGGAGCAGGUACAAGAAAAGAGCCCUGAGCAGAGGAACAUAGAGGCUUCUGCUAGUGAGACCAAAAUAGAUGAAAUUAUGGACACUGACCCAGAGCAACCGGAAGCUGCUGGUGUGGAACAUGACGACCAAAAGGAAGUAAAAGACGAUGCCUCAGAUAAUGCAUUAGAGGACUCUGGGGACUUUCCUGGUAUCUCCUCGGUGGCGACCAAUGUGUCCCCACCCCUAACCCCUGUUCAGCGAGAGGAGGACGUCACAGCGGAGAGCCUGCACACAAAGCGAAAACACGUGUUUGUCCUAAGUGAGGCAGGAAAGCCUAUCUACUCCCGCUAUGGCAAUGAGGAGGCCCUAUCAUCCAACAUGGGUGUAAUGAUGGCCCUGGUCAGUUUUGUCCAGAGUGGAAAUAACAUCAUCCGAUCCAUCCACUCCGAAAAGCAGAAGGUGGUCUUCCUGCAGCAGGGCCCCUUGGUAUUGGUGUCCGUGUCCCGGGCUCCUCAGUCAGAGGAGCAGCUGAGGAUGGAGUUGCAGUACGUUUACUACCAGAUAAUCAGCAUGCUCACUCAGGCCAGCGUGGCCCGGAUAUUUGAGCGCAAGAAGAAUUAUGACUUGCGGCGUCUUCUCGCUGGCUCUGAGAAGAUCCUGGAUAGCCUACUGGACCUGCUAGAUACUGACCCUGGCUUCCUCCUUGGGGCUGUGCGAUGUGUGGCCUUGCCCAGCCCAUUACGGGACUCUUUGAGCUCCAUUUUGACCAAGGCCAUCACCCCCAAUUUGGUGUUCUCUAUUUUAGUAGCAGAGCAGCAGCUUGUGACUGUGGUUCAGGAGCGAGCAGUCAUUGAGGAUUGCCGCCUGGACCCUGCAGACCUCCAUCUGCUGCUGAACCUCAUUGGGGCCUCUUCUGCCUUUCAGGCCGGUGAGAUCUGGACUCCUAUCUGCCUCCCACGAUUUAACCCUGAUGGCUACUUUUACGCUUAUAUCUCGUACUUGGACCCUGACUGCACGGUGUGUUUGGUGCUGCUUUCCACAGAUAAAGAAUCUUUCUAUGCUGUGUCUGACUGUAAAAAGAAGAUCCAGGAGGCCAUGGAAGCACAGAACUCCCUGCAGACAUUGGCUGGGGCCCUCCGCUGCUGCUCAUAUAGUGUCUCCCUUGUAGGGGUCCCUGAGCUCUUGCAUUUUGUGUACAAGCCCCUUGACAUCCCAGACCCGUACCGACAGCUUCCACAGUUUACCAGCCCUGAACCAGAUGGUCCAUACUCCAAUGAGGAGGAGAAGCAGAGACUCUUUGAUCUUUACCGCUAUCUCCACUGCCGUAUCCACAACUCGGCAAGACCCUUACGGCUUAUUUACCACGUGGCGGAGAAGGAGACGCUGCUGGCCUGGGUAACCAGUAAGUUUGAGUUGUACACCUCAUUCAGCUCCUUAGUGACUAAGGUGGGUGCAAUAAAUGUCAUAACCAAACUCCUACGUUGGAUCAAGAGGGAGGAAGAUCGUCUGUUCAUUCGUUAUCCUCCAAAAUAUUCCACAACCCCUGUCCCUGGGAAAGGGGUUAAAUCCAGCCGGACAGACAGGACUGACCCCUCUCAGAACGGCUUCUUCACUGGACUCUAGUGGUGGUGAGGGUCUGCGUGUAAUCUGUACCCACCAUAUUUCUCUGUCUAACCACUGCAUUCAGAAGACCCCUCUCCGCUAUGGACUAUAGCAGUGGUCUUCAACCUGCGGACCUCCAGAUGUUGCAAAACUACA